AGAGGUGGAGCCGUAGAGACUUCUGGGGCCCCUCUAGCUGGGGACCUGGGCGAGGGAGGUUUGGGAAGGGACUGGAGGACUGAGGCAGCCGUUCCGGGGAGCCGGCCCGAGGAGGUAGGGGUGGGCUGGCCAAGUCCUUAGGCUGUUACUUGGUGGACCUCGCCUGCCUUUUUUACUCCGGAGCCCGCUCCCUCCGCAUCCUGCUCUUCCCAUCAGGGCCCAGGUUUCCCGAUAGCUUCCAGUUCCCCACCGCACUCGCCUCAAGCCCAUGACCUCGUGCCCCUGCCCGCCCCCCAGCUUUGGAGCUCAACCUCCAUUUCCCCUCCUUCCGUGCUUCGCUUCGUCCUCUCUCUUCCGUACCCGGCGCCGGGCUUCUCCUUCCAUAAACCUGGAUCGCCAACAAGGUUGUCCUCCCCGUGCCUGCACCAUCCCCGCACCCAAACACAAAGAACCGCCCCCCACCCCCACCCCGCUGCCGCAAACACAGUCCACCAACACACUACGUGCACAAAAGCCGACGGCGCGUUUUGUCCCUGUGUCGUCAAGGGCCAGAAGCAAGCUGGAGGAAAGCAAAGUUGACGCUAAGAGAUACUACCAAAAAACACCUUGCUGCCCUUGGCUGAAAAGGACUACAGGAUGGAGAAAGGUUUUGAAAAAGCUUGUUUAAGGAUAGCUCAGUUUGGACUCUUUGGAGAAUCUUCAGUACAGGAAACCAAUUUACCUCCACUUGAACGAUUAGUUCCUAUGUUGACUAGUUGAGACAAAUAUAAGUAUGGCCUUCUACAAUUAUAAAACAGUCUUAGCUAUUGCCCGGACAAGAUUCCCUAGCUAUUUUGUCCAUCCUACCAGCUCUUAUUCCCCAUCAUUUGCAUUUCUUCACUUGCCAGAUUCCCAUUUAAAUAGAACAUACAUCAAAAACUGUGUAAGCAAGAAGUACUCCUAUCCUAAUCAGUCAGGCAAUAAAGUACUUCACCUACGAGCUAGAAUAAUACAGAAGCUGCACACAUCAACUUGCUGGUUACAAGAGGUCCCUGGUAAACCUCAACUGCAGCAAACCCCAAAAAAGCCUCAGGCGACAAGCCCUCAGCCCGCAGAAGGAACUGGCACGAAGAUUAAGGAAGAAAAGCGAUCUUAUAGACAAAGAAUUAUGGAUGAACUUAAAUAUUAUUACAAUGGAUUCUACUUGCUGUGGAUUGACACCAAAGUUGCUGCCAGAAUGGUUUGGAGGUUGUUGCACGGACAGGUGCUGACCAGACGAGAGAGACGAAGGCUCUUGAGGACUUGUGCUGAUUUCUUCCGCCUGGUUCCAUUUAUGGUUUUCAUAAUUGUACCCUUCAUGGAAUUCUUAUUACCAGCAUUUCUAAAAUUCUUCCCAGAGAUGUUGCCAUCAACUUUUGAAAGUGAAUCCAAAAAGGAGGAAAAACAGAAAAAGAAAAUGGCUGCGAAGUUGGAACUAGCAAAAUUUCUUCAAGAAACGAUUACAGAAAUGGCCAGGAGGAACAGGGCCAAGCUAGGAGACGACUCCAUACAGUUCUCCUCCUAUGUCAAACAGGUCCAGACAGGCCACAAGCCCAGCACAAAGGAGAUAGUUCGAUUUUCCAAACUGUUUGAAGAUCAGCUAACCCUGGAGAGCCUAGAUCGACCUCAGCUGGUUGCCCUCUGCAAGCUUCUAGAGUUGCAGGCCUUUGGAACCAACAAUUUGCUCCGCUUUCAACUUCUGAUGAAACUAAAGUCUAUAAAAGCAGAUGAUGAAGUAAUUGCCAAAGAAGGGGUGAGCGCUCUGAGCGUGUCGGAACUACAAGCAGCCUGCAGGGCCCGGGGGAUGAGAUCCCUGGGUCUCACUGAGGAACAACUGAGACAGCAGCUCACAGAGUGGCAGGACCUCCACCUGAAGGAGAAUGUCCCUCCUUCUCUGUUGCUUCUGUCACGAACCUUCUACCUGAUCGAUGUGAAGCCAAAGCCAAUCGAGAUACCACUAAGUGGGGAGUCUUCCAAAACAGAUAUUCUUGUGGGAUCACCUGCUUCUCUUGGAUCUAAGGAGACACUGGUGGAUUUAGCACCUCCACUGAAGGGAACUAAGGAUGAAGAAUUUAUACAGCUGCCGCCAGUUCCGUCAUCCCCCAUAACACCAUCGACACCUAUCCCGUUACCUAAGGGACCCAUCACUUCUGCUAAAGAAGCUACACUCCAGGCCGAAUCACAAAAGGCAACGCAGAACAGCAAGGCAAGUUCUAAAGGUGCAUAAGGACCAUGGGAGAUGAAGCUCAGUCGUCAGCUUCCUGCCCGCAACGGUGGCAUCCAUGCAGGACCAUCCAGCUCAGACAGAUGCUGUGUCUGGUUUAAGCAGAGAUCAGCCGUGUCGUCCUUGGGGCAGUCCUUUGAGGCCUUGUAACCCUUCCAGAUGACGUCAGCAGUGAGACCAACUUCAGACCAUUUAGAAAUAUAAUCUCAAAGCCACCUUCCUCUGUACCAUGACGUCAUCCCACUAAACUAUGUGAAGCCCCCUCCCCGUGUUAUUUUUGAACAGCUUCAUAUUCGUGUGCAUGUCCUUUAAGGGAGGACUUUUUUUGCAUAAUGGAAUCAGCUUGGCACCUUAGAUUCAAGUAAGAACUUGGAAACUCCGAAACCAGGGAUCCAUCAGUAAGAAUAGUGCCCUGGAAACAAAGCACCUUAAUGGGAUGGAAUGGGCUUAUUCCCCAGUAAGGCCUUUCCGGAUAUGAAGAAGAAAAAGCUUUCUGGAGAAGAAAACAGGAGUUCAACAGACUGGCGAUCCACAAGGCCUGGCUGCUGCUCGGCUGCUCAGAGGCUCCCCCUCUGGGGCCCUCGGAGCCGGCAGGAAUCUGGGAGGCCGCCACUAUUCCAGCACACGUGGCUUUCAUUAGCCACCAUUUUGCCAGGAAACAUAAUUACGGGUUUAAGACGUAACCAUUUGUCUGUGCUGGGUGUAUGCUUUUCUGGUGUGUGUGUCUUUCACAAACAAGACCAUUUGUUAGUCAUCGGGGUGGUUAAGAGUCUGACACAAUCCCUGAGCUACCCAGUAACGAGUAUUAUGUUCAGAUACUUAUGUUUGGGGUUUUCGGGAUGGUCAGUUCUGAUAAAACUCAAUACCUUGCCCUGCAGCUGACCAAGAGCUUUCUUCCCUUGGGGAGUGCUUAGAAAGAAAGAGGUGUUUUCGGUUUGUGGGGGAUGAGAUUGGUUUUCUUCACUCUCGGUGAAACUGAAAGCGGUUAGAUGGGAGUCAUUGAAACCAAGCGCAACUCCAAUCUUCCUGUCUGGGAUCACCUACGUGAGGACUGUCAUCGGUGCUUCCCAGCAAAGAUCUGUACUUUACAAUGCUUUCUAAGCUCCUCUCCACCAGAGGGAAAGCCCCACCCUGGCCUGCUAAUGCACUCCAGUUCCUCAAGAAUGAUGAAUCCCUACUACACAGCAUUUGCUGGGUCUCCCCAUUGGCCUCGCAAGGUGAUUCACAAUAAAUUCUCCCAUUUUUAAAACCAUGGGUGUUUAUUUUAAUUAGCUCACAUUUCAAGUGUUAAAUGUGAAGGGAUUAGUUACUUAACUUGUUCAAUCCUGUUUUAGCUGAAUGAUUUAUAAGGACUGCUAGGCUGUUCUGCAGUUCUUUCUGGCUUUUCCUACAAGGCAGAGUGGGAAUGGUUACGGCAGGGGGCCCCUGGUCAGUUCUGGCUCCAGCUGGCUGG